AUGGCUCGCGGGAAACGCGGAGCAGGCGGGUCAGGGACGGCGCGGGGGGACAAGGAGCAGCGCGCCGCUGAGCUGGAGGCGGAGCUGUUCGGGACGUGCCAUGGAGCCCAAGCCUUCGAUGACGAGGCCGGCGCGGGCUUCGGCGCGGCGGAAAUGGACGACAUUCUGGCAGGUGGCGCCGCCGGCGAGGACGAUGACGACCGGGCCGGGCACGGAGAGGGUGCAGGUGAUGAUGAGGAGGAUGGUUCGGAGCCAGAAGAUCGAGACGAAGCCCCGACGCGGGACGCUGGCCCCGCCAAAGCCACCGGCAAGCGGCGGCCAGUCUGGGUGGACGAGGACGACGAGAAGGUGGAAGUCAACAUCGCCGGGCGCGCGAUGCUGCGGAAGCUGCGCAAGAAGGAGGACGAGGAGACCAUCACGGGCAAGCAGUACGAGCAGCGCCUGCGCCAGCAGUUCCGCAAACUCAACCCUGGCGUCAAGUGGAGCCGGCUCACGCACAAGGAGUCCACCGCGGGCGCCAGCGAGGCCGCAGCCCGCAUUCUGCAGCACUCCGGAGCUGUGCUGUCGUCGGCGCGCGCCACGCUGCCGCCGGGGCUGAUCGAGGCGACGCGCGUGCGGGACGCCAACCAGCACGAGCCCUGCAAGGCGGUGGUGCGCAGCGUGGCGUUCCACCCAGGCGGCCAGAUCCUCAUGACGGCCUCCCUGGACCGCAAGCUGCGGCUGUUCCAGGCCGACGGGCUGCGGAACCCCAAGCUGCAGAGUGUGCACUUUGACGACAUGCCCAUCCACCAGGCCGCGUUCUGCAACGGCGGCGCGCAGAUCCUCUGCACAGGGCGACGGCGUUUCUGGUACCUCUACGACGUCGAGGCGGCGAAGGUCCAGCGCGUGCAGGGCAUCUUCGGGCGCGACGAGCGCUCCUUUGAGCGGUUUGCUGCCACGCCCGCCGACGCGGACCCAGCCUCGCUGGGCCCCGCCGGCCCGCUCGCGGCCUUCUGCGGCGUCCAGGGCAACAUUCCGCUCGUGUCGCUGCGGUCGCGUCAGGCCGUCGGCACCCUCAAGAUGAGCGGCACUGUCCGCAACCUCGCCUUCACGCCGGGGCGGUCCCACGAGCUGCUGUCGUCGGGGGACGACGGCGUCGUGUACGUGUGGGACCUGCGGACGCAGCGGUGCCGCGGCAGGGCCGUGGACGAGGGCUGCGUGCACGCCACCUCUCUCGCCGUGUCUCCCGGCGGCAACUACGUGGCCGCGGGGUCCGACGUGGGCGUCGUCAACAUCUACGGGCCCGGCGGGCUGUUCGCGGGCGCGGGGCAGGCCUCUCAAGGGGCUGCGGCGCCGCUGGCUCCGCUGGCCCCGCGGCCUGUCAAGACGCUGAUGCACUUGACCACCGCAGCCGACACCCUGGAGUGGAGCCCGGACGGGCAGGUCCUGGCGAUGGCGUCGCGGAUGCGGAAGGACGCGCUGCGGCUGGUGCACGUGCCGACGCUGACGGUGUUCUCGAACUGGCCCACGUCCAAGUCGCCGCUGCACUAUGUGCACUGCGUGGCGUUCUCGCCGGGCGGGGGCUUCCUGGCGGUGGGGAACGCGAAGGGCCGGGCGCUGCUGUACAGGCUGCACCACUUCGACGUGUGA